GCAGAACCCUUUUACAACCAGCUUUCCAACUUUGUCACGGGUGUCACGCGUUGGGCUGGACUCGAUCCAGCUCCCUUUCUCUCAUUUGCAGCAAUCUUCAGACUGAGGCCAGCCUUCACAACCGAGCUGCGUCGUUCUUCAGGUUCUGCAGAUAGAAGAUCGGCGAUACUGGGACUUUUCGGACCAGGGCAGUCAUGCCGUUCUUUCCGAAUGGUCCUUUACCGGCGCAAAACCUGGAGUCCACGCUUAAUCGGUUCAACACUGAGCACGAAACUACGACUAGUUUUGUUGGGGCUGGGGUCACGACUGUGGAAAACAAACGGGCUUUCAUUCAGCGACUUCUGGAGGCUUUGAAUAAAGAUAUCGCAGACGAAGGAUAUGACGAGAAUCCACUUGUCACCAAGAUCUUGACCUGUCUGCGCUUUCUGUCGCGCGAGCCCGAAGGAUGUGAUGAUCUCUUUGGCAAUAAUGGAGUAGCUGUGUUACUCAAACAGGCGAGGCUAGAUGUAGAUGCCAAGUUUGAUUUCACCGAGAAUCCGAGUGCAACCGAGGCCUUGAAGUGCUUGUGCAACACGCUAUUGCAGCACCCGCCCGCGCGAUUAGGCGUUGCGGAGCUUGGUGGGGUGGAGUCCAUAUGUCACUUGCUGAAGGAUUGUCACUCAGAGCUCCCAAGUGACUUUCAAUUCCUCCUCAUGCGCAUAACAUUCCUUCUGAGCGUCGAGGAUCCUGCUAUAGUCAGGUGCAUGCUCGCUCCCAACUUGGGGUUCGUCGACACAUUGACCAUCUACCUUCAACCGCUCACGAAGCAGCAGUCUGUGAAAGCCGAGAUGGUGAUGAGCGAGAUUCUGAAGACCGUAUAUAAUCUCAUGAGUGUCGGAAAACCAGCCCCAGCGACGACGAGGUCGUCAACCAAGCUGAAUGGAAGGACAGGGUCCCGUUCUUCUAUUUCAAGUACUGUCGUCACGCUAGCUGGAGUGACAGUCGAUGUAGAUUACAUCGACGGAUUCAAAAAUCUACUUCCAGUCAUCACACAUCUUCUCAUCAACCAUCCCCUCCCAUCUACUCCAUUGACCCCACCGAUCUCGCAUAUGGUCCACACACUCCUCAACUUCCCGCUGACGCCAUACCGCGACCUGUUCUUCAAGCAAGGCGACGUGCACCCGCUUGUGGGUAGACUAUGUGAGAUACUGGCGGGGUCGCUGGAUGCCAAUUCAAGCGAGGAUUCCAAGCCGAAUGCGCGGAGGAAGUCAUUAUCUCAGACCAAGGUGGAGGACAUCCUGCCUUCGCUGCUUCUCGUUUUGGGAGGAAUCGCAAGGCAGGACGUGGACGCGAAAGAUGCGCUUCGUGAUAUCUUACUACAUGAGGAUAUCGAUCGCUCAAAGCCUCUGGACGAAGGGACCAGUCUAACUUCCCGGUUGAUCGGUUUCAUGACAUCUAUAAUUCACCCCAACAUCCGUGACAGCGUCUGCGAGCUCAUCUUUGUGCUCUGCGACGAGGAUCCGGGAAAACUGGUCCGAUAUACGGGAUACGGCCAUGCAGCAGGAUUCCUGUAUUCAAAGGGCAUUGCAGGAGGUCCAUUCGAUGACAGCGCCGCCAAUUCACGACCGGCCUCCCGUUCCCAGCCGAUUCAUCCCAUCAGUGGGAAAUACGAACGGCCCGAUACAGGACCCGAACUCGAAGAUAUGACGGAGGAGGAGAAGGAGAGGGAGGCGGAGAGACUCAUGGUACUCUUUGAACGAUUGAAUAGGACUGGUGUGAUCAAAGCGGUAUUUCCGAAAUAGAACAUGCGAGCCGAUCAGAGGGUGGCAUGUGGUUUUCACCGCAUAUGGUGUAUCAAGCGCCAUGCACAUACAAGAACGAUGCGAAACAUGGCACUUAGAUACCGGUGAGGAAACGUGCAGAAUAGAAUU